AUGUCCAAGGAACUCCCGCGCCACGUGAGACGGUCAUCAUCGCCGGCAUCCUACACCAGCGGCACCAGCAGCAGCCCCCGGAAUCCCUUGGACCAGUGCGAGAUGAACUUCCGGACGCUGCUCGGCUUCGUCUCGACCCGCGUCCUGCGCGGCGGCCCGCGCCUCGUCAUCCAGCUCAUCCUCGCCGCCUUCGCGCUCCUCAUCCUCGGCAGGUUCUUGGCCUCGCCGACGUCGUCGGAUACCCUCUUCAGCUCCGGCUCGCGAUGGAGCUGGUCGCCCUUUGGCGGUAGCGUCGACGACACGACGAGCGCCGUUGGCACCGGCAAACCCGGCGGCGUGAGGGUCGUCGCUUUCGGAUCGCCCGACAUCGCGACGCCUUCGACAGGCAAGGGAACGGAUGGCAAGGGCUGGACCGAGAUGCUCUGCGAAGAGCUGCGAUGCUCAUCUCACCACUCCUUCAUCCCCUCCAUCAGCCUCCCCGCUCAGGCCAUGACCUCCAACGAGCACUACCGGCACACCAUCGCCAAGGUCACCGCCGAUAAUGAGCAGUCCAAGGCGCCGGGCUACAACUACGACUUCCUCCUCGAGCAGUUCCCCCUCUCCGACACCAUCGCCGACCUCAAGGCCCAGGUCGACGGCUUCCUCGCCCAGCCCCAGCCCCGCGACCUGCCCCGCGAGACCGUCUGGGUCUUCACCUUCGGCACCUGGGACGUCUGGGCCCUCGCCUCGCUGCCGCGCGAGCUGGGCCAGGACCUCGUCGACGCCGCCGUCGCCGCCCUGUUCGCCCAGAUCGAGCGCGUCUACCAGGCUUCCCUCGACGCCGAGUCCGCCGCCUUCUCCGACUUCUGGGCCUACCAGGACGCCUCGCUCAUCGAGAAGCUCAACGCCGUGGAGGACGAGGGCAGGGGCGAGGUGGACCCGCGCGAGGUCGAGAACUUCCGCCUAAUCGUGCCCGAGCUGCUCGACGUCUCCUUGACGCCCGGAUGGCACGCCCGCCGCCCCGCGCCGCCGAGCCCGCACACCAAGGCCGAGCAGAUGACCAACGCGGCGCACCUCACGGCGAGAUGGAACUCCGAGGUCAAGGGCCGCAUGGACAUGUGGAUGAGGACGGCGGAUCCGCGGGCGGAGGACGGCGAGGAGAAGGGCAAGUUCGGCUACGUCUCCUCGGGUGAGAACACCAACGCCGCCGCCGGCUCGCGCCUCCUUCGCGCCCGCGACGAGCGGGGUCUCAAACCCCCCGCCGAGGGCGAGGCGCUGCGCGUGCCGUUCCCGCGCCGCGUCGGCGCGCAGGUCGACGGCGCGACCUUCGUCCGCGAGGCCAUCGUCGAGCGGCAGCUGCGCGACCACGGGCUGACGGACCACACGGGCCGCGGCAACCGGACCGACGGCGGCGGCGGCGGCGAGGAGGAGCAGCAGGGCGGGAGCAUCUUCUUCGCCGAGACGUGGACCCCGUGCAUCUGGGCCAGGACGUCCGAGACGCCCGACGUCGACGGCGCGUACGCCGCGUGCGACAGCCCCGGCGACUACCUCUUCCACUCGCCCUUCACGCUGGGCGAGCGCGCGGUCCGCGAGACGGCGAGGAUCGCGGCCGCCGAGACCCGGAGCAGGCUGGCGUUUGUGGAUUCUUCUUCGGCAGACGAGGCCGAGGCCGAGGCGCAGGAGGCGGCGGCGGAGAAGACAAAGAGACGCGAGCGCCGCGGCGAGACGAGGGGGUUCCAGCGCGUCAUGCGCCCGAACCGCGCGAUGAGGCUCGUCGACGCCGCGUGCCCGACCCUGGACGUCUGCUGA